UGAGCGUUCGAUCGAGACAGUACUACGAUGACGAGACCGUACGACCGUCGGCAAUUGCUCGCGAUACUGUUGCUGCUGCAAACCGCCUCGAGACACUCGGUUCACGCGGUCACCGCGGAAUCGACGCACGCGGUCGACCUGUCGCCGUCGUCCGCGGUACCGUCCGGCUUCUCCGGGCCGGACUAUACCGGCCCGUCCGCGGGUUCGGACGAGUGCGAUCCCGAGAUGGUUGGCUUCGAGCUGGUAACCGGCUACGUGUACACCGCGCCCACGAACAUGCUCGAGUCCAUACCAGGCACGUUGAUGCUCACCGACUGCCUGGAGACCUGUCAGGCAAACGACUCCUGCCAGGCGGUCAACUACGAGACGGGCCUUUGCGUCCUAUUCAGCUCUAACGCCGACAGCAAUCCAGGUGCGCUGUCGCAGUCCCAGUUUCCCGUGUUCACGAUCUACGCCCAGAAGAGCUGCCUGGCGGUGAAGCCCUGCGAGCGCGCUUGGUGCAUCGAUAGAGUGCAGGGACACCGCCUUCAGGGUCACGCACGCAGGACCAUGACCGCCUCCUCGCGGCAGCAUUGCCUCGAGCUCUGCCUCGGCGAACGAGACUUCCUGUGCCGAUCCGCUAAUUACGCCAACGCCACCAAGCAAUGCGAACUUUCGGACAUGGAUCGGUUGACGGUCGCUGGCUCGAGCGCCUUUCAGACGGCGAAGGGGGUGGAUUAUUUGGAGAACCAUUGCGUGGAGGAGCCGGUGAAACUUUGCGAAUUCAAGAAGCUGGCCGGCCGCAUCCUCAAGACCGUGGACUCGGUUUACCAGGACGUUGGUACGUCUGAUGAGUGCCGUGAAUUGUGCUUAAACUCGCCGUUCCGUUGCCACUCGUAUGAUUACGGCGACACCGGCGACAUGGUCUGCCGUCUCAGCCAUCACUCUCGUGCCACCCUCUCCGACAUUCAGGAACCCUAUCUCGACGUGCCGGAAGCGUCCACGUACGAACUGAGCUCCUGCUACAACGUGACCAUCGAUUGUCGCGCCGGCGACAUGGUGACUCGAAUUCAGACCAGCAAGCUCUUCUACGGCAAGGUGUACGCGAAGGGUUCGCCGAACUCGUGCGUGCAGGACGUGAAGGGCGCCCUCGAGUUCGAGCUGCGUAUGGCCUACGACGAUCUCGAGUGCAACAUCAGGCAACAGGGUCUCGGCCGUUACCUGAACGACGUGGUGAUCCAGCACCACGACACGAUCGUCACCAGUUCCGACUUGGGCCUGGCCGUGACUUGCCAGUACGACCUCACCAACAAGACCGUCUCCAACGAGGUCGAUCUCGGUGUGCACGGCGACAUCACGCCCGCCCUCUCGGAGGAAGUGAUCGUCGACUCGCCGAACGUCGCCAUGAAAAUCACCGAUCGCAGCGGCAACGAGGCGAUCCCCUCGGCCGAGGUCGGCGACCCCUUGGCGCUCAAAUUCGAGAUCCUCGACCCCAACAGCCCCUACGAGAUCUUCGUCCGCGAGCUGGUCGCCAUGGACGGCGUGGACUCCAGCGAGAUCGUCCUGAUCGACUCCGACGGCUGCCCCACCGACCACGUUAUCAUGGGACCCCUCUACAAGUCGGCCACCACCGGCAAGAUACUGCUGUCGCACUUCGACGCCUUCAAGUUCCCGAGCUCGGAGGUGGUGCAGUUCCGCGCCCUGGUCACCCCGUGCAUGCCGACCUGCGAGCCCGUGCAGUGCGAUCAGGAGGAAACGACCGGCGAGCUGCGCUCGGUCAUCUCCUACGGCAGACGUCGCCGCCGCCGUCGCUCCACCGCCGCCGCUCAGAGCCGCGAGGACCUACUCCUGGUGCAAUCGAUCCAGAUCACGGACAAAUUCGGCUUCGAGCGUGACGGUAAGUUGCCGAACACCACCACCGCGACGAGGGACACCGUAUUCGUCGAGAGCGAGGACAUAGCGUCGUCGAUGGGCAUGUGCAUCAACCUGGGCGAGGCGAUCGUCGCCGGCACCGUCUUCCUCGUCGCCCAGAUCGCCAUCAUAGCGGCGUGGACCUUCACCUGGCAGCGACGCCGGCAGAUGCUGAAGCAUCAGGAGGCCCUCUCGGUCUCCGUGUCCGUGCCCGGAAUGCACUCCGUGCCGGGACGCACCGACAGUCUCUGUAAGUUGUACGACGCCGGAUAUUCCGCGCGUCGUUUCUGAACAUGACUAUUCACCGUCACCCCCGACCGCCCGCUCGUCCACCCGCGACACAUCGUCAAUCUCGUCUUCCUGCGUAAAUCGCUAUUACGAAUCUUCGGCUGACUUCACACGGACGUGAC